CUUUGUGCGUAAGAAAAUAUUGGACUGAACCAAUUGAAAGGCAUCAAUGCUUCGUGAAGCUUCAUCUGCCCAUCACUGAUUUCUGGAGUUUAAACUUUUUUCCCCGAACUGCAUCCAGAAAACCGCUGGAGUAUACUUCAGCCGAUUGACAGGAGGCAUUCAUGGGCACUCGGAAAUCUGACAAUUAGCAGGGAAACAACCCUCCUUUCCUCUUUGUCCAAACUGUAGCUGAAGAGACCACCGCGCAUGAAAGAAACAAUCUUUUCUUGUCAUCUAGUGGAAGAAACAUGUAAAGAUUGAUUAAAGCUCAAGAAUAUGUCUAUUUUAUCUAUUUAUUUAGCACAUGAAUAGCAUCAUCACAAUUAAACAGCAGAUAAAACUGGAUCCUUUACAUUAAAUAAAUCAGGAAAGCAUGCAGGGAGGUGGAAGAAGCCAUGAAGGCUUGAGGCCACCUCCUGAUAAGCAAAAGAUAAUGGAUUAAAGAAAAAAGACAAAUAAAUAAAAAUGAUACUAACUAAAAAUAUAAGUUUUUGAAAACUUCACUGAGUCAGACAUGAAGUACACCAGCGUCUGUUGAGGGGGAGGAUGAAGUGUUGGACAGGAACAGCACAGCUUUAUUCGCUCUGUACUUCCCUCUUGCUGCAAUAAAGAAAGUUUAUAUUGGAUGAAAUAAAGUCCUUUGUGUGUGUGUGGGUGUGUGUGUGUGUGUGUGUGUGUGUGCGAGGGCAAACCCUUGGCAAAAAGUAGUCUAUUUAAGUACAAGUACACGUCUGUACUAAAAGUGAGGCGGUAUAUUUAAUUCACUUUUUCUAUACAAUAAUACAAUUUCAAAUGUUCCAAUUUAGUCAGAAGUAUUCAGUUACUUUACUUUCUGCACUACAUGCAUGUGGUCAAUAUAGUAGACUUGCUGUGUACUCAGGUGUUGAAAUAAAAUUCAGGUGUACUACGUUCCUGAAGAUGAGAAAGGUUAGAAUCUGCAGAGACGUCAGGGCGUCACGCCGCCGUCCACCACCGACUUCUCUGUGGAGCCAGAAAAUGGCCCAGUUUGUGGGCCUUUAACUCGGGUUAAUCUUUAACCCGGUUGUGAGUCGUUGCACAUCAUGAGGUCCAGUUGAUUUUAAAACGAGCUUUUAAAACGCUGCUGGUCUUAAUGUCUUUCCGGUGAGUGAAUUCCCAUUCAUGAUCUGUUUGGUUCAUUGGAAUGACUGUUGGGUUUGGGUUUGGUUGAGGGACCCUCGGCCGUCAGGGUCCAUAAAAGUGGAUCCAGGAUUAUUUCAUUUGCACAGAAAUAAAAAUGAGGAUUUUUCUAAUCAUGGGAAGGAAAGGUUUGACAUUCCUGCAGUUGUGUCUGAAAGUGGUCACAUUCUUGAGCCGUUUCCAGCACAUCCCUCGAGAGUCUGAGUUGCAGAGCUGUGUGGACUUGUUUUCAGGCAGGGAAGGUGUUUAAGGCAUGCACCCCCCCAUCUCAUUCCUUAAAGUAAAGUUCUUCCCUCUGGAUUCAGCAUUCCUCACAGCUUUGGCUCAUUUUUCCUUAAAUAGUAGAAAGCCCUGACAGAAGCUCUGAGUCCGCCUCCCCACGCGUCUGUCACCAAUUCCCAAAGAUCCACAUCUGCGAACUCUGAAGAGCGUUCCUGAAAUAUCCCAUUGCAGCAUUUUGGGAUCUGCUGGGAUGUGGAGGAUACUCCCCCGACGGGGUUGGGAACCCGUGGAACAGAGCAGCCUGGGAGCUGGUUCCUGCAUGUUCUCACACGCCACCUUCCAUACGGCGUUCACGCUGGAAGUUGGUUUCCGAGCGUCUGGCAGUGUUUUAUUAUGCUGGCGUAGUAAAGUGGGCUAGGUACCGGUUCUAGUGCUCGGUGGGCCGGUCCAGCGGUGGAAAAGUAACUGGUGACUCACCUCCUCAGGGAAAUGGGAGGUGCUACAAGCAGCAGCAGCAGCAGCUCACUGAGGGCAUUUAUUUGUCUGAAACUCUCAGAGAGCUGCUCUGAAUGCUACAGUGGCUCCCAAAGAACAGGAACCUAACCUGGAAAAGCUGGAAAUCCAACACUCCGAUGCAGGAGCUGAGAAGAGGAAUAAUAAAGAAACUUUAAGGAAGCAGAAGGAACUUGCUGGUCUGGAUUUCUUGACUUUGUUAGGAGCGUCAGGUUUGCCUCUCCCUGCUGCUGGGGCAGAUUUUCCUUCUGUUUUUAAGGCCCUGCCUGCUAAAAUGACUGCCAGAACACCAACAGGCAAUGCUUCCUUCUUUCAGCUCAUUGAGGAAUGCGAUGUCACACAUUUGGGAUUGUACAAGUUUUUUGCAGGUGUGAUGAUCCUGAUCUUCAUCUUGGCUCUGCCUCUGAACGGAUCUGUCCUCCACCUUUUCAUAUUCAAGCUCAAGUUCUGGAAAUCAAACACCAACAACGUCUUCCUCUUCAACCUGGUGCUGGCCGACAUGCUGCUGCUUUUCUGUCUGCCUAUCAAGUCCUACAACUUCAUAAUGGGGGAGAGGAGGAGCGGGAACGAUGUGACGUGCAAAGCCAUGCUCUUCAUGCUGUUUUUGAACCGCGGCGCCAGCAUCGCCUUCCUCGCCGUCAUUUCCAUCAACCGCUACUUUAACGUGGUGCACCCUGGACGGAAAACGAUCCUGAAGUCGCUGAAGAAAUCCCCCCAGAUAUCGUUUAUCAUCUGGAUGAUCCUUUUCCUUUUCACCAUUCCCACUAUGAUGAAGAACUUUGAGUGCUGCAACAACUUUGCAAACCCUGAAGAGAACGGCACGAACACAAGCAAAGAGGAUGCGUUGGUUCGGGACCCAGAGGAUUUCUUGAGAGAGAUCAUCUUCUUCACCCAGAUCCUCAUCCCUUUCUCCAUCCUGGUCUACUGCACCGCCCGCAUCGUGAACCGGCUCAGGAGAAAGACGGUUGGGGACAGGACCAAGCUGAAGAGAGCCGUGAUCCUGGUGACCACCGUCAUGGUGGUCUUCUCCCUCUGCUUCCUGCCCUGCACCAUCGCCCGGAUGAUUCUGCUGAUAGUUCGGGUCCAGGACAUGAACGAGCAGAUCCAGGACAAAGCGACGGCGGUCUUUGACGGCCUCCUGGUCCUGUCCUACAUGGACUGUCUGCUGGAUCCACUGGUCUACUGCUUCUCCAGCACCAAGUUCAAGGCUCUGUACCUCUCCACGUAUUUCCCGUUUUUAGUGAAAGGUUCUCCAAAGAUUGAAAGUUCUACAGGAAAUGCGACACAGCCGACACACAACCGGCUGAUUAGAGACGCUGCAGCUGGUCUCCCUCAGAAACCAUCAGAAUCCCCUCAAGCCGGCAGAACCAACAAUUAAAGAAACAUUACAAACUGUUUUGUUUUGUCUUUAAACCUUUGUACAAAUGUAAAAGUUUAUUUCAGCUUCUGUUUGUUUUAUGUGUCGCAUGAAAUAAUGUGAAAUAAUGUGUGUUCGACACUAAGAGAAACAGAGUUUUUAGUGCUGUUAAAGUUUUAAAAUAAAUUAUCAUAAAAUAAUUA